CACCACACAACUCUACAUACAAUGCUUAGAGCAGUCACUUUAAAGAGGACAAUCAUCCAAACAUUGUCCAAGAGACAAUUUACCGGUACCUCCCUUUUAAGAGAUGCAUCCGUGUUCAAAAUGCCUGCGAUGUCACCAACCAUGACCGAAGGUGGUAUUGUAUCUUGGAAGUUCAAACCAGGAGACUCUUUCAAUUCCGGUGAUGUUUUGUUGGAAGUUGAAACCGACAAGGCCAAUAUCGAUGUCGAAGCCGUCGAUGAUGGGAAAUUAUGGGAAAUUCUUGUUCCAGAAGGAGCCAAGGGUAUUCCUGUAGGACAAGCAAUUGCAUUCAUUGCUGAACCAGAAGAUGACUUGAGUAGUUUGACCAAACCUACUAUUGAAGAACCAGCAGCUGCAGAAACACCAGCAAAGGAAGAACCUGCUAUUGAAACUACCAAAUCUUCUUCUGCUCCGGCAGCACCCUCUGCAACUGAAGCUAAAGCAGAUUCAACUGGUGUUCUCAAAUCAGCUAACCCAAAUCAAAAAAUAUCACCAGCCGUAGAGUUAUUAUUACACGAACAUGGUAUUUCUAAUGAGGAAGCAUUGGCCAAGAUCCCAGCCCUGGGUCCUAAAGGUAGAUUAUUAAAGGGUGAUGUAUUGGCCCACAUUGGAUCAAUUGACAUCAACUCUGUCGUCAAGCUUACCGAGUUCUUAAACAACAAACAACACUUGGAUUUAUCUAACAUUGUCCCAGCUCCACCAAAGGAAGAAGCAUCUGCUAAAUCCGCAGAAACUGCCACUCCAGCAGCACCACCAAAGCCAAAGAAUAUUCUCACUAUAGAAUUAACUUCUGAAUUAGGCGAGGACGUAUCACAAGCCAAGUUCAGAUUUGCAUUUGAGAAAUCAUUAUCCAACGCCAUCAAGCAAACUUAUGCUGCAAGAUUCCCAGAAUACGCCGAAUCCCCAACCCCAUCUUCAUUAGUUUCAAUUUCUUCGGACGAUAUAUUUGAAGACUUGGUAAGUGCGCCUGUCACCAAAAACAGAUUUGAGGUGUACGAUAUCAACUAUAAAUUUUUGUCCAAACCAACCUCCACUCCUUCAUUUUCCGCCCCAGCAGAUGACUUUGAUGAAUUGCUUGGUCUUGGAACUAAAGAAACUGAAAGCCACAGCUAUGACACAUCCAAGGUUAAUGUUGAGUUUAAAAUUAAGUUUGAUGAACAAGUCACUGAUUCUAAGCAAUUUGUGGAAUAUUUCCAAGACUCCUUGCUUUCUCAAAUACCAGCUAAUCAAUUAACUAUUAGUAACUAAGGGUGUGUAUAGUUUAUAAAUGUAGUAUAUACAG